AUGAACGUCCUCCUUCAACCUUACACACUUCCGUCACCAGCAUCUCCGUCCGGCACACUGUGUUCUCGCCCUUCACCUUCCGAAGAGACUGCUGCUCGGAAGAAACGUCCUAGUAAAGCCCAGGUACCGGUGGCCUGCGUCAACUGCAAAAAGGCACACCUGGCGUGUGAUCUUACAAGACCUUGCAAACGUUGUGUAUGUGUGGGCAAAUCAGACUCAUGUCAUGAUAUUCAACCCAAGAAACGAGGUCGACCAAAAUUAGGCGAACGUCGAGACGGACCAACAAAACAGCGUCCUUUAUCCACUCGAUCUAACUUUGCCAAAUCAACGGUGUCAUCGAUAAGCGUUCCAAAUAUGAUGAACUCAUCGUUUGCAAUGACUCAGAACCUAGGGUAUCCAGAACACAGAAAUUCCCAAAAUAACAAAAUGAUGACGAUCUUUUUGACGAUGGAUAUGUGCUGUGCACGUGCAUCAGACGAAUCGCUCGAAUUGCUUGGAAUAUAUCCUCAAGAAUUUUCGCAUAGACCACUCUACGAUUUUGUAUUACCUGAGCACUCUGGUAAGAUAGGCUCUGCUCAUCGACGACUGCUAGACAACGCAACCCAAUUAUACCAAAAGUACAAAGUAGACCCAAAGACUAGUCUGCCGCCCACGCGCCGCACCACCUCGUCUUCAUUUACCGACACGCCGCCGUCUACCUUACUCGGGAUUGCCAAUGGCUCCCAGACAUUAAAAGAGACUCUGGUAUUCAGAUGUGUCCACCAGCCCGACGAGACAUUCGAGGCCUGUUUUUACCUCGGAGGUGGAUUAGGAGCAGAUCUAUUUGAUCCAAACUCUGCAGAGAAUCUCUAUGUUGUAUGUCUGAUGACUCGAAAGCCGCCCACUGUGAACCUAGAGACCGCGUCUCACACUCCCUCUCAUACCCACACUCACACUCGAUCUCUGGACGGCACCAGAUCGCCAUUUAUUCAACUUGAUUCCUUACCAGAGGCGAACCCAGUUCCUACUCAGUCGACAAUCCACAAUCGUAAUCAUAGUACAUCUUCUGUGCCGACAACAUCAGAAGCGAGUCUAUUAUUGGAUCAUGAAAUCGACAUGGCCUAUUUUAGGAACCCACUUUCUUCUGUCAAUGGCAGUACAUCUCCCCUCUCUGCUGAAUUUAUGUCUGUAUUUGCUCCAUCUGAUCAUUCUUCAGAACGUAUCGAUUGUAGGGGGAAUCAAGUUGGAUCCCUGUCACACCCCGUUCAGCGGACAUUAUCAGUGUCUCCUGUAAACAGCUGCAACCUGGGGCCGACAAUGACAGGCAACCGAAACAACAGUGUAGAUAGCAUGGCACCAUCACAGCCUACGACAUCUCAGUCCGUAGUAAAUAGCUGGCCCAAGUCUCCAGCAUACUCGCGCGCAUCAUCAGCCAUCGACUAUGAUUUCUCACCCGAUAUUUCCCAAGGCGCACUUUCUGUAGCUGGAAGUCAAUCAUUGGAGUUUGAACCCCUCAACACACAACUUACAUCUUCAAAGAGUUUAAAUCAUUUAACGAAUCCAGGGCAACACCGACAGCACCAGCACCAUAGCCAUAGCCAUAAUAAUCAGCACCAUCAUCAAACUCAAACUCAAAACCAGCAACAACAACAACAACAACAACAACAACAACAGCAACAUCCUCAUCAUUAUCCUCAAAUGCCCUUUAUGCAUUCCAACCCCAACGAGUACUAUUACACACAAAUGACAUCCAGUAGACUAUCGGCUGAAGCACGAGCGAUUGUCAGCCACUCCUUUCCUUUGUCAAAUCCUGGUCUGACAGGGACGUAUAAACCACAUCCUCAGAACUCUAUUAACCCAGUAGCAGCUCAUCACGCAGCCUUUGUACAGUCCAAAUCCAAUUCCAUCUCUCUUAGCAACCCCACACCAAAUUAUUGAACCAAACACACAAGACUCUCAUCGAUCCAUUCAUCUGCCCUUCUUUUUUCUUUCUUUAUUAUUUAAUUUCUCUUUAAGCAUUUAGGUCAAUCACUCACUCAAUCAAACAUUCAUAUAUUCACACUCUUACAAGCACACUCUUACAAGCACACUCUUACAAGCACAUCUACAAUUUUCCUUUUUAAAUUACAUUACAUUACAUUACAUUACAUUAAAUUACAUUACAUUACAUUACAUUAAAUUACAUUACAAUCAAACU